CAGCGGAGGAGCCGCUCCGGCCGCCCCUCCGAGCUGCCUUCGGCUCGGAGCACAGCAGCAUUUCGCUUUUCAGGCGCCUUAAUCAUAGAACAGAGCCUGCAGCAGCUUAUUAGCAAUACUCCUGCAGCUAGCUGCUGGUGGGUUUUUAUUGUGUCGCUUGCUGCGUUUAGAUUUUUUUCGGGGGUAUUUAAAACAGCGCCGUGACAAACGUUAACGCUUGCAGUAAUAUUUGGCUUCUGGAUCCAGCUGAGCAUACAAGCCACAGAAGUUGGUGCUUUUGUCUUUAAAAGUUCUUCACACCUUUAUCUAAAAUGAAGUUUAAGAGAAGCUGAAAUACGUGAAUGACUGGGCGGAUGUGUUCAGUCAGAUCAGGCAGCAUUGCUGUAACAUCCAUUUGAAUGUUUAAGCUGGUAUAUUGCAUAAAUGAAUGACUUGAAGUUCAUGUUUGCAACAUAGAUGUUGAGCUUUGUUUCUUUCAGUGUGAAUUUCUCUGGCAAUAGACCAUGGAGAGGAGUUGCAUAAAAGUGAAAUAAAAGGACUUCAGUUUCAGAAUAGCAGCAUGCAAGUUGUAACAGCAGUAGCUUGCAGGGUGAACAUCUUGAGUUGUCUGGCCUUUAGAGAAUAAGCAUGACAUGUUGAGCCUGCUUUUCAGAAGGUCCAUUUCCUACAUUUCCCUGCCGAGUGUCAGUGCUUGCCGACUGUAUCAGUUGAAAGUCAUGUGGAUAUAUGACGUUAUGUUUUUGCUGAACCGUUCUGGAUGAUUUGGUGUGUUGCGAGCUUAGUGCUCAGGAAAUGAUUUUGAGUAACAGAGCUUUGUAAUUUAAGUAGUACAUUUCUACAGGUACAAUUGAAUUACAGAAGUGAAAUAUCUACGUCGAAUGAGGGAAUGGCCCAUUUUCAAUGAGGGAUUAGCAUUCAGUGAUAUUUUUGUCCUGCUCUCUUUGAAUGAUAUGACUCAGUGGCCUGCUUAAACUGUAGCACAGCAUGAGCUUUGAUUGAGGACUAAAAUUCAGUUUAAAAAAGGACUGAAGUGAUUCUUUGGUUUGCAUCCAACUAUUGACAAGCACAGGGGGUGGGAUUUCUACUUGUUUUUUUUUUUUUUUCCCUGAUUGAUUAGUAAAUAUGUGCAUCUAUGUCAUGAAAUUCAGUUUCUCAACAGCAUCCUGCUUUUAAAUAAGCUGCUGGAAAUGGCAUCUUGGCAGGUCGUGUACAUCUGGAAGAAGAAGGUGCUUCUCCGUGAGCUGUGCUUUUCGUGUCUGGGCUGUGACAUUAGCAAAGCAGUUUUCCUACAAUGGUGGCUUUUGCAUGAAGAAUGCAGACAUCAGGCAUGAAGCCAGUGAUUUUCCAUGUAAAGUGGCCAAACAUCCCAGAAACAAAAAUAGAAAUAGGUACAGAGAUGUCAGCCCCUUUGAUCACAGUCGAAUUAAGCUAAACCAAGGUGACAAUGACUAUAUCAAUGCUAGUUUGAUAAAAAUGGAAGAGGCCCAAAGGAGCUACAUCCUUACCCAGGGACCUUUGCCAAAUACUUGUGGCCACUUCUGGGAGAUGGUUUGGGAACAGAAAAGCCGUGGUGUUGUCAUGUUGAACAGAGUGAUGGAGAAGGGAUCCGUAAAGUGUGCACAGUACUGGCCAAGGAAGGAAGAGAAAGAAAUGUUUUUUGAAGAUACAAACUUGAAACUAACAUUGAUAUCUGAAGAUAUCAAAUCCUACUACACAGUACGACAGCUGGAAUUGGAAAACCUGACCAGCCAGGAAACUCGGGAGAUUCUGCACUUUCACUACACCACCUGGCCCGACUUCGGGGUGCCGGAGUCGCCGGCGUCGUUCCUGAAUUUCCUGUUCAAGGUGCGGGAGUCGGGCUCGCUGAGCCCCGGGCACGGCCCGGUCGUGGUGCACUGCAGCGCUGGCAUCGGGAGGUCGGGCACCUUCUGCCUGGUGGACACCUGCCUGCUGCUGAUGGAUAAACGGAAAGAUCCUUCUUCCGUGGACGUCAAGCAGGUUCUCCUGGAAAUGAGGAAGUACAGGAUGGGGCUGAUCCAGACUGCAGACCAGCUCCGCUUCUCCUACUUAGCUGUUAUUGAAGGGGCAAAAUUCAUCAUGGGAGAUGCUUCAGUGCAAGAGCAGUGGAAAGAGCUCUCCAACGAAGACCUGGAGCCACCCCCUGAGCACACCCCCCCACCUCCCAGGCCCCCGAAGAGAACCUCAGAGAUGCACAACGGGAGGAUGCACGAGCACCCCGAGUUCCUGGCCAAGCCCCAGGCUGGAGAGGAGCAGAUCAGGUGCUCGGUGAGCAGCGUGGAGGAGGCGGCUCCGGCCCCCAGCACAGACAGCACUAGUCACGGCACUGAAGCCCGGAGGAGGACGGCUGGGGAGAACCCGCGGCUCUCGCCCCGCAAGGAGGAGUCGCCGAAGGAGAGCCCGGAGGAGGAGGACGAGAACGUGGUGGCGACCUGGAAGCCCUUCCUCGUGAAUAUCUGCAUGUUCACCUUCCUCACGGCAGGAGCUUAUCUCUGCUACAGGGUGUGUUUCCACUGACCCUGGGCCGAGCUGCCGCGGGAGCGCCGCUCCCGGCCCGCGCCCAGCUCCUCGGAGCCCCCGGCAGGGCAGCCGUGGCUCAGAGCAGGUAGAUUAGGGGAAAGGCCAGAACUUUGGGUAGGGCUUCAUGAGAGAAUUGAUGCACUAGGGUUUUAUCCAGCCCUGUGGUCCCAAGAACAUAAUAUUGUAAUCUCAGGGCCUUGAAAUAUUCAGGAGUAAGCAGAGAAAAUGCCAAAUAGUCUGUUUUCCUUUUUUUUUUGUUUGUUUUUUUAACUAAAUAAUAGAAUUACAACACAUUGUUGUUUUUAGCCUUUUUUAAAAAGCCAGUUCAUUUUCUUUUGUUUCAGAAAAACUAGGCACAAGUGAAACUUGCUUGUACUCUCCAAGUGUUGUAACCAAAUACAUGACUUACAUUGACAAGUUCCCAAAAAAAGAAAAAGAAACCCACAUACCUGAAGAAUGUAAACUUUUGGAAGGGGAGGUGUGUUUGUGGUUGGUUUUUGGUUGUUUUUUUGUCUUUUUUUAAAUUUGCUUCAUCUUUAAAGACUGAGUUGUGGGCAGUGCCUGUGGUAUUGAUAUAUUUAAUCUCAGCAUAACUGUUCUUAAAGAGCUGAUUGUUUUACUUGUGUUGAUAGAACCAGGCUUCUGCAUUUGCUCAGGGUAUCCCAACACGUCCAGCUCUUUGAUUUUUUUUCUUUUUUUUUCUUUACUAAGUGUAUCUCCUCAUUGACUUUUGUUGCACUCUACUUGCACAUAUGCCUCUUUACAUUGCACCAUCCUUUCUAAAGCUGUUUUUACUUUUAUAUUCUGGGUUGGGAGAUGUCGAGGGGAGGGAGAGAAACAGGAAAGGGAAAUUCAACCAAACCACGUCCACCAGCAGUGGGGCCGUGCCCGUGGCAGGACCAGUCCUUAAACCUCAGCAUUUGGAAUGUAAAAUGCAGUUUCACUCUGCAGCUGCUCCCUCAGGAGGGUUGGGCUGUGUGGGGAGGACUGGCACUGGCAGGCAGCACUGCACCAAGCAGCCAGUGCUGCUCCUCGGGGUAAUACCAAAUUACUGACAGUUUCAACAAUAAUAGCAAAGAUUUCUUUGCUUGUGUCGUGGUGCAGAGGACAGGAGCAGAGUCACUCCUGGGAGCUGUGGUGAUUGAACUGCCCCAUGACAGCUGAUCUGCAGCAGUGUUACUGAUUUGUUUUAUUUCUAAAGUCCUUCUAGAUUGAUAGCACUUAGCCACCCUCAGUGCAGCCCUCGCUGUGGAGGAGCCCAGGGCAGCCCCUCCACUCCCUAUUUAUUUUUGCCAAGCUGGCUGUAGGUGUAGCUCUUCCCUCAGUGGGUGAGUAGGUGAAGGGGUGGGUGGGGGUGGGAGUUACUUCUGUUCUGUGUUUUGUUGAGCUUGCAUCAAGGGCUUUUCAAGAGUACAAUAAUAAAUCCUCAGGUAGUACUGGGAAUCGAUCCUUUACCUGUGAGACUGUUGGUCAGACCAGUACUUGAAAGGAGGAAUGUUGUAAUCAGUCGAUAUUUAGUUAUAUUAUUGGAAACAGGAAAAAUGAGUAUAGAAAAAUGGUAAUAUAUAAUGGCUCAUCUGUGUAUUUAAGAUCCAUUCUGUGAUUGCUUUGUCCCCACUGUUCUCUGCAGCGUGGGCAGGACCCUGCCCUGAGGCACCAUCCGUACCCCUUUGUAUUAAAGUGCAUGUGAAGUCUGCGGUGUCCCGAUGAAACACCACGUGCUUGAAAGGUGACAGAACUUCUAUUCCUGCUUCCUGAUGUGCCCAAAUGAUAUUUGCAUGACCUGAUCCUUAGUGGCUGUGGUUCAGAGGGUGCUGCUGAGUCUCUCUGUUCAGCACUGGACCGAUUGGUGUUUAUCAGAGCCCGUGUACUCGCCUAAUCCUUGGCAUGACUUCCCGUGGGAUCCCGUGUGCUCCGUGUGCCCGGUGGUAGCAUGUUCCUUUCAGCUGAGUGAGUGUAGUACAGACAUUCCAGAGAGCUCAGGCAGCCCUGCCACACCUCCCCUGGCCCUGGGACACAAAACAGACCAAACCCACCUCUGACCACCUUCCCAAGAGGGAAUAUUUUCAAUCCUAGGUCUGGCAGGAAAUGAGAUGAUCCUUCCUUUGAAUACAGUUAUUCCAUUGCAAAUGAUUCUACCCAAACAAAGUUCCUGCAGAUGAGAGAAGAGCUUUGAGCAUCCUCUUGGUGCUUGUUUCUUCCGUGUUCCAGGCUCUGACCCUGGCUGGGACGCAGUGACUGUGCCCAGAGCCCCGGGAGGUGUGGGCAGGGCUGGGAGUGCUGAGCUGUGCCCAUUUCGUUUGCUGUCCUGUACUGUCUGUGGUAGUUGGGGGGUGUAUAUACCGUAGCACAGUGGGGUGUUGGGUAACCUGUUCUUGGAAAUGGACAAACAUCCAUGUUAGACUCGUUAGAAAGUUAGUGAGCUGCUCUGCUAUCUGCCUUAAGCAAAUAUUUACUCAUCAGGUCUUUCUUUUUUACAGAUUGCCAUAGAAUAAACUUUUAUAAAAAAAAAUGUAAAAACUCAACAAAAAAGCUGAAUGUUUUGGUAUAAUACAGUUUCAGGUAUCUUGUCUUUUGUGUAAGCCGCUGCUGGGCCUCCCAGGUUAGAGUACAACUGUACAGUUUUUCAAUCUCCCAUACAAGUUUUCAGUUCUCAUUUUAGUUGUAACAAUAAAACUCUUUUUUUAAAGAACUCAC